UGACGAUUAAAGUUUUCGGCUUUUACUUAGACUCGGGUUUUCAGUGGCAAAAUUUAAAGCCAAGUGAUGUUACAGUAGACGAGAAAACAUGGAUUUGAAGUUGAAUGAAUAUCAUCAGUGUACGUGUAACACUGAUAAAAAUAAUGUCACCACUGGCAAUACGACUGAAUACACUCAGUACAAUGUUGAUGACUUAAUCAAAAUAAACGAAACUAGAGAAUUAUUUUAUCCUAUAAGCCCUACGCGGUCACCUAACAAAGAAUUCAAUUUGAGUCAUUGCAAUAGAAAUUAUAGUCCUAUAUCAGUUGAAGGGAAAAUAGUAGAAUGGUUUAAUAUUGAUAAUAAUUUUACAGCCACCAAUGAGUCAGAUAAUGCUUGUACAGAUGAAAGUCAAGACAAACCAGGGUACAGAGACUUAACUUGCUGGAAUGGGAUUGAAAUCACUGAUGGUGAUAAUGUUCCUUCUGCAGAACCAGACAAUAGUAUUGUGAGUGUUGUAGAUGAGAAUCGAAUGACAGUUGAUGAAAACAUGAACAUCAUUUAUAAUCAGCAUGUUGAUAUAAAUGUUUGUUGUAGAUUUGACAUUAUUGGUGCUUGUGAGCAGAAUAAAGGUUUGUAUAAUUCAGCGUGUAUCGCAAACGAAACCAUAAAGAGUAGUUUUGUUGGUAAUGACAUUAGUUCAGUAAAAAUUUGGCAUGAAUUGGAAGCAGCUUCUGGAAGAGUGUCAAUUAAUGAUUGUAAUAUAGAGAGUAUCACAGCAGACAGAGAAAGUGAAGAUAUCCCAAAGGUUUUCAAGCAAGGCCAAACAUUUGCUGACUCUAAUGGUCAUAUUUACAUGUAUAAUUUAAGAACUGAUGGAAAUUGGGAACUGAUAAAGCUUGCGUUUCCUUGUGGUAAAGAGAAAUACAACAAAUCACUCUCAAAAACUAGUGGUGGAAAAGCUAUAAAGCGCGUGAAACCAGAAAACACUACACAGUCUUUAAGUGUUUACAGGAAGCCAACCUACCCAGAAACAUUGCUAGUAGAGUUGAAAGAAGAUCGUCUCCAUAGGCAAAAUACAUUGUAUCAGAUGCAAGAUGGCGUGUUUGGGGAUAAUCCUCAUGUUGUAAGAGUUUUAAAAGAUGGAAUAGUUUUGGACGUUACUCAAUUGUACAAGUGUUAUAUGCCAGUGAAAACAUGUUCGGCGAAAACCACGCAGAAAUCUAAUGUAAAGCUUGACAACGCGAAUAAAUCAAAUGAUUUGUCAUCGAAAACAAAGCUGAAGAAAAAGAAGACGCAUGCCUCAAAAGCCUUAAAAAGCAGUCGUAAAACAAAGUCAUAUAGGAAGCAAAAUCGUUGAUCGUAAUAAUAUGAGAACUUUGGAUGGAGUAAAAUUAUAUAGAAGUAUAAUAUCAAGUUAUAUUCUUCUUUGUCAUUUUUAUACUUUCACAGUCAAGUGUUCCAUGCUCAUGUUUGAUUAUGAUGUUACAUGAAAUCUCGAAUAAUUAUUACAUGUUUGGACAUGAAAAAGAAUUAUUUAGCAUUUAUGUCAAGGAAUGAUUUACUUAUUUGUUGUUACGUGGUAAAAUAAUUAAUCGUGAUGUGACAGCUAUUUACAGCAAAGAUUUUUAAAAAAAUCCGCACAAUUUAAAUUGAUAGAACUUGAACAUUCAGAAAUACCUAUUUUGAUAUGCUCAAUUUCUUAUUACAUUACAUGUACAUACAUUUAUCUGUGUAUGCUUGCUAUUUUAACUGCCAUCUGAAGUGAAGUUAGACAUUAUAGAAGUAAUUUUUACUAAAUGUUUAGCUUCUAACUUCUGCUAAUUUCAAGCUAUUUUUGACAUAGUCUUGGCAAGCUCAUGAGCAUAAUUAUGAGUUUACACAAACGAUUUUUCAUUUGAAUCUGGUGUUUGUUUGUUAUUUGUUUGCGAUCAUUAACUUUUAUUUUAGCCGAAUUUGUUUGUCUUAGAAGAUGUGUUUUUACCGUGCUUCAGAUGAUAUCUAUAUAACAUACACUUGCUUGUAUUUUCCUUAAAUGUGUCCGCCAAGUGGGAGGCAUUUUAUUUUUAUAAUUGCAUUUGUCUGUCCGUCUUGUCCGUCGAAAGAUCCUGAAGAUUGUGUUGUCAACUCCUCUUUAAACAUUGUGUUUAUCUCUCUAAAUGUGGCUCAGUUGAAUGACCUAAAUGUGCAAAUGAUCGUAAAGAAAUGAAGUAUUGCUGGGACGAGAUUUUGCUGAAUUACAGCCCUUUGUCUGUUUUACCACUAUGCCAUUGUCACUUUUGAAUAUAAAAUCCCAAAUUUCGUGUGUUAUAGUUCUCUUAAAUAAAUUGGUGGAUUGCGCUCGCUCAAACUUUCACAGUUUAAUGACAUUAUUGGUGUCGAUCGACGUAUGGCUACCAUGGCAUAUAUAAUCCCAAAUGUUGGCGUUUUAAACUCCUCUAGCUAUUGGGUGGAUCUCGCUCAAACUCGCCCAUAGUUGAAUAACCUUAAUGUGCAGAUGCCCUAAAAGUAAUGAAUUUUUCAAGAGACGAGUUUUGGCAUAACAAUGUCCCUUUGUCUGUUUUUGUCUGUAUGAUAUACAUGUACUCAUGUAAUCCUACAAUUGUGUGUUUUCAGCUCCUCUAACUGGCUUUUGUUGCUCAAACUUUCACAGCUCACUCUCCUGAAUGUAUAGAUGAACAUUAAGAAAAGCACUUUUACUGCAACCACAGCCAUCGGUUUUGUUGUCCACUUUAGACUUUAUAGAAUAUUUAGAAUAUAUGUUUGUGUCCAAACAUUUUUGUGUCGGAGCAUCAGUGUCUGUGACACCUUUCUUUAGUGUUUUCGGUUUAAAAGUUACUGUGCUGUAUACCAUUGACAUGCAAGUAUUGUUCUUGUAAUUUUGUUAGACAGUCGGUGUUUCUAUGUUUUAGUCUUUUAUUUUAGUUUUAAAUAACAUGUACUUCUUGUUAAGACAACUAUGCGGAUACUAUAACAUGUACUUCUUGUUAAGACAACUAUGCGGAUACUAUAACAUGUACUUCUUGUUAAGACAACUAUGCGGAUACUAUAACAUGUACUUCUUGUUAAGACAACUAUGCGGUUACUAUAACAUGUACUUCUUGUUAAGACAACUAUGCGGAUACUUAUUUUACUUGAUUUGUUUUAUUGCAUUCAUCAAUAUUUAAGUUUUAUUUGUUUAAGUUUUGGACAAAGAUUUUUCGUAGUUCAAUGUAAGCAUUUUAAGGAAAAUAAACCAAACAAAAAGUUUUUUAAAACAUA